GUAUACAAAAAGAGGUCUGAUUUGGGAUCAGUAAGCAAGAGCGAGUUCAAUAUACACAUAAUAAUGGCGGGUGAAAGUGAAGGUGGUUGUACUGAUACUAAUGGAGAAAAAGUGGACGAAACGACAUCACCUAAGAACAGGGUGAAGUUCCUGUGUAGCCAUGGCGGGAGGAUCCUCCCUAGGCCCACCGACGGUCAGCUCAAGUACGUUGGUGGUGAGACACGUGUCAUCGCCAUUCCUCGUGACAUCUCAUUCUCAGAGCUAAUGAAGAAGGUGGUUGCAGUGUUUGAUGUAGACACGAUCCUCAAAUACCAAGCACUCCCAGAGGAUCUUGAUGCCUUGGUGUCUGUUAGAUCCGAUGAGGACCUCAAGCAUAUGCUCGAGGAAUAUGACCGGCAUGAAAGCGAAGCGACUCCAAGGCUCCGAACCUUCUUGUUCCCAUCCAACCCCAUCAUGGUCGACAACCAAGCCACUUACCCUGAACCCCAUGCACUGGAGCAACGUUAUGUCGAUGCCAUUAAUGGUAUUAUCCGCACAACCACUGCUUCUACACUCACCUCUAUAAAUACAAAUCGUGUCACAUUUACUAUCUCUUCUGCUUGCGCUUCUCCCCAUUGUUCUUCCCCAAAAGCUCAAAAUGUUGAUCCUCUGUAUGACACCAUCUCGUCAAAUGGCUACCGGCAGAAUGGUCUAGUUUCUAUGCAUAAGGUCCACAGCUCCCCUAACCUCUGCAGCCUCAACAACUUCCAGAACCAUAGCAAUGGUCUUGGCAACCACCACUUGUGUCAGCACCACCACUACCAAAACCAUGUACACCAACAUCACCAUGGCUAUUAUCAUUCCAGACCACCAAUUGAUCCUCAUAAUAAAGGUGUUGGUGGUGAAAUUUUAGCUCGAACUUUGUCAUCAAGCAGGGCUGAUAUCGGGAGGAGCCUGAUGGGUUAUCGCAUAAACAACUAUUACCCAUCGAGUAGGCAUCGAAGAGAGGGUGGAGGCUGCAAUGUGUGUGGAUAUGAAUGCGGGUUUUAUGGGUGUGGGGGGUUCGAGAUAUCAGGUACCAGGAGUAUUCCUCGGAGUCCAAGAUAAACCAUUUCGGGAGAGAAGAAAUGUGUGAAGAUGGAAGUCAAGCUAUCAUAAGUAAGCGAGGAGAGAAGACCUUGUAAAUAUUGUUAGAGAUGAUUAUAGCUAAUGAGCAGGUUUGAAACUUCAAAUAGAUCAGACUCAAUUAUGCUCAAGCGUGUAAGCUAUAUGAAGAUAUUACAGGCAGGUAGGUGGUAUAUAUAAAAGAACAAACAUUGAACGACAAGCAAAGAUGAGUAGCUCCUGUGCAAUUCUCCCCUCUAUAUAUACAUGAUAAUCAUCGACAGAAUCAUCAAUGAGAAAAAAUGAAUGACAAUUUCUUCCCUCAAAAUCCGUCAUGUUGCAUUUAUGAAUAUUUCUUCAAAAAGUGGCAAUUGCCCCAAGAUUUUGCUACUGAGGGAACUUUAAAUAGUCUUUUAUCUCUAUUUUCAAUUGUAUUCUUUUCCUCGGAAGGCAAAAUAAGACUGUAACCCUGACCAAGUUAAUCCAAUCCCCGCAAAAUCAAUUCUUAUACACAUUAGCAAAGAAUAAGCGACGAGCGGCCAAAAAAAUCCAAUUUUUGUUCUCACUUGCUGUCAGUGAAAUAUGCAUCGAUAACAUCUCCAUCAGGCCCCUUGCCAGAUGGUUCUGAAGGCCCGGAUUCACCACCAAGUGCCGGCCCAGGACCAGCACCUGCACCAGGAGCACCUGGUUGAUUGUAAAGGGACUGGCCAAGCUGCAUGACUUCUUGAUUUAGGGCCGCCAUAGCUUCCUUAAUGGUUUGGGUGGAACCCCCUGAAAUUGCAUCCUUGAGCUCUCCAAGUUUUGCCUCCACCUUCUCUUUCACUGGGCCUGGAACCUUAUCUCCCAGCUCCUUGAGUUGCUUCUCUGUCUGGUAUACAACAAAAUCAGCUUUGUUCUUAGUGUCAAUCGCAUCUCUCCUUUCCUUGUCCUCCUUUGAAAACUUCUCCACCUCCUUGACCAUUCUCUCCACCUGCAUAUUUCACACAAAUUUUACCUUGGUACUCUCCGGCUUUUGACCUAAUGCUACAAAACGCAAUAAAGUCUAUUGCGUCUAGCAGGUUCCAAGCACAACAUAAAUUAAAUGAGAUAAGCCAUUAUAUUCUAUACCUAUUCAUCUUUAUUGGAAACAACAACAUACCUCAUCACUGGGUAAGGUGCUAGCACCAGUAAUUGUUAUGUCUUGCUUCUUCCCUGUGCCCUUGUCAACCGUAGUGACUGAGAGGAUACCAUUGGCAUCAAUGUCAAAUCUUACUUCAAUUUGAGGAACCCCACGAGGUGCAGGUGGGAUACCAUCCAGACGGAAGCUACCAAGAGAUUUGUUGUCCCUAACAAACUCUCGCUGGCCUUGGAGAACACUAAUCUCGACACAGGUCUGCCCAUCUGCAGCUGUAGAAAACACCUCGAACUUGGAUGUUGGCAGGGUAGUAUUUCUUGGGAUGAUCUUCGUCAUCACACCACCGAGGGUUUCUAGACCCAGUGACAACGGUGAAACAUCCAAAAGCACGAUAUCACUGACAUCCCCAGCUAAAACACCAACCUAUAAUAAAAUAU